AGUCGUAUAAAAACCAGAGCACACGUUUCCAAAUUAUUCAGUUGCCACCAUCAAACACCACCAACAUGUUCGCUAAGGUUAUCGUCGCUCUGUGCGCUAUAAGCGCGGUUCGCGCUAGCGGACUGUUGGGAGUUGCCCCUGCGGCGUAUAGCAGCCACUCGAUUGCUGCUCCCGCCAUCUCUUCUGUGUCAUCGUACUCCACCCAGACGGCGCACGCCGCGCCCAUCGCCACCUACGCCGCCGCCCCGGCCAUCGCCACCUCAUACGCGGCUCCUGUUGUUAGCAGGACCAUCACUCCUGCUGUCUCCUCCGUCUCCUCCUACUCUACUCAGACCUCGCACGGCGCUCCCAUCGCCACUUACGCCGCUGCGCCCGCCAUCGCCACCUCCUACGCGGCUGCUCCCGCUAUCGCCACCUCCUACGCGGCUGCUCCCGCUAUCGCCACCUCCUACGCGGCUCCUGUCGUGAGCAGGACCAUCACUCCUGCCGUCUCCUCCGUGUCCUCGUACUCCACUCAGACCUCGCACGGAUCUCCCAUUGCCACCUACUCUGCCGCUCCCGCUGUAGCGACCUACGCCGCCCGCACCAUCGCCGCUCCAGCUGUGGCCACCUACGCCACACGCACCAUCGCCGCCCCAGCCGUCGCUGCGUACGCCGCCCGCGCCUACGCCGCUCCCGCCGUGGCCGCCUACGCCGCGCCAGCAGUGGCUGCUUACGCCACCCGCACUAUCGCCGCGCCCGCCGCCACCUCCUACUCCUCCUACAGCACCCAAACCGCGCACGGCACCCCCGUCGUCGCUAGGGCCUACGCUCCCGCCGUUUCUGCGUACGCCGCUCCCGCGUACUCCACCUACGCCGCCGCUCCUGCGUAUUCCACCUACGCCGCUGGCCCCGCCUACUCCACCUAUGCCGCAGCCGCCCCGGUGCUCCGCUCCUCCAUCGCAUACUCUGCCGCUCCCGCCCUCUCCCACGUCUCCUACAGCGGUCACGGUGCUAACUAUGGUUGUUCAAAAUCCCAUGAAUCGCAUGAAAAGAAAAGAAAAUAUAGAAAUCUCAAUAGAAAGCCACCUUUGUUCUGUCUGUCGCAAAUAAGUGUACCUUUUAUUGUCGUCGCUCUGUGCGCUAUAAGCGCUGUUCGCGCUAGCGGACUGCUGGGCGUCGCCCCUGCUGCGUAUAGCAGCCACUCGAUUGCUGCUCCCGCCAUCGCCUCCGUGUCCUCGUACUCCACCCAGACCGCACACGCCGCGCCCAUCGCCACCUAUGCCGCUGCCCCGGCCAUUGCGACCUCGUAUGCGGCUCCCGUCGUGAGCAGGACCAUCACCCCUGCUGUGUCCUCCGUGUCAUCCUACUCUACUCAGACCUCGCACGGCGCUCCCAUUGCCACCUACGCCGCCGCCCCGGCCAUCGCCGCUGCACCCGCCAUCGCCACCUCGUACGCGGCUCCCGUCGUGAGCAGGACUAUCACUCCUGCUGUCUCCUCCAUCUCCUCCUACUCUACUAGAACCUCACAUGGUGCUCCCAUCGCGACCUAUGCCGCCGCCCCGGCCAUCGCUACCUCCUACGCGGCUGCUCCCGCUAUCGCCACCUCCUACGCGGCUCCUGUCGUGAGCAGGACCAUCACUCCUGCUGUCUCGUCCGUGUCCUCGUACUCCACUCAGACCUCGCACGGAGCUCCCAUCGCCACUUACGCCGCCGCCCCCGCUGUAGCGACUUACGCCGCCCGCACCAUUGCCACUCCAGCUGUGGCCACGUACACCGCACGCACCAUUGCCGCCCCAGCCGUCGCCGCGUACGCCGCUCGCGCCUACGCCACUCCUGCCGUGGCCGCCUACGCCGCACCAGCAGUGGCGGCUUACGCUACCCGCACCAUUGCCGCUCCCGCAGCCACCUCCUACUCCUCCUACAGCACCCAGACCGCGCACGGCACCCCCGUCGUCGCUAGGGCCUAUGCUCCUGUGGCUACAUACAGCGCCGCGCCCGCGCUAGCAUCGUACGCUGCGCCAGCUGUCGCUACCUAUGCCGCAGCACCGGUCGUCACAAAGACUAUCGCCGCCGCACCAGCAUAUGCGACAUACGCUGCGGCAGCACCAGUUGUUGCUCGCACGUACGCCGCCCCUGCUGUUUCAUAUGCAGCCCCAGCUGUAUCUACUUACGCAUCUGCUCCUUUGGUAACUAAAGCAGUCGCGGCUCCCGCCCUCGCUGCCUAUGCUGCGCCGGCUCCCGCCGUGUCUUAUACGUCUAUCGCGUCACAGGCCACUCCCGUAGCGUAUGCUUCCGCCCCGUUAGUAACUAAGGCAUACGCUGCUCCGGUUGCCACAUACGCUAGUGCACCAUUGAUUUCCAAGACUAUAGCACCAGCUGUAACCUAUUCGUCGAUUGCCGCUCCCGUAGCCUAUAGUGCUGCGCCUGCGUACUCCGCCGUCAAGACGUACUACACCGCUGCCGCUCCGGUCGCCUAUAACCACGGAUGGUAAACAACCAAAGCGAUCGUUAAUUUUCUAAAUUAACAUGAAAAAUUGUUUUUGUUAUCAUAAAUUAUUAUUAA